CGCUUCAUCAAACAAAGUUAUUAGAGUAAGCUUUACGAGCGUACUGACGAUAAUCUACCUAGAAACCCUUCAGCCUACUCGGGACAAGCUUCUCAGGCUGCCUGGAGGUGAUCUAUAAAGAGGGAGUCGUUUCUUCAUCAACUCAUCACCAACAAUUCCAACUCAACUCUACAGCUUCAGCCUUAAACAUUCAAAAUGCUUUCCGCUAAAUUCAUCUCCUCCCUCCUCUUCUCGCUCGCCUCUCUCCAGGCUGUCUCUGCGACUCCUAUCGUCGAGGCCCGCGAAAAGUACCCCGAUGUGAUUCCUGGUCCAGGACUCCCUUCUCUUGAGUCUCUUGGCCUCACCACGGCGAAGCUCUACGAAAUGCCUCGCCCUGAGCCCCCCGAGAUGACCGCCAUGUUUGACCCACGCUGCGGUCCCUCGGAGGCCGCUUAUACAUCUGUGGGUGGUGUUAUUGCAUGCUAUCAAUAUUUGAGGAACCUUGGCACCACCCGUUGCGGCGUGCCCGGUAGUGGUAGGGUCACUGAAUUCUGCCGCUCUGGCGACGCCCACGCAUCUGGUCAGAGCUUGACUGGCCGUGACGAGAGUAGCUACUGUUCCGAUGUGGCAAUUGGUCUGCUCUGGGUUAUCGAUCAUUGUACGCGAGCUGACCAGUCCGUUGCGGGCUUUGCUGCUCCAAAUGGUAACGGGAAUUUCUUUGUUGGUGGAACGAACAUUAGGUGGUAA